AGGGCUGCAAAGGGGAAAAUGUGAUCCGGCAUGAAACACUUGAGAAAGGACUUGGCUUUAGAGAGGGCAUAGAACGGCGAAUGCAGAAUGUUCCCCAAUAUCCAUGCUGGGAACCAAUCGAAGUGUACUUUCGAUUCAAAGGGGAAAUUUGCUACGCAUCUGGAGUUAGCCUUAGCACGCGAUCGAGUCAGUGAGUCUCAGCCACACACAGCCCCUCUGGAAAAGGAUAGCUGCCUAAAACAACCUCCCGAUUUCAGCUACAGGCUUUAUAUCACCCGAGGCCUUCUCAGGAAGCCGCGAGGAAAGUCGAAAGAGCUGAAAAAGAAAUCACCCCCAAGCAUGGUGCAUGAAGAGUUGGAGAGGAUAAGGUCAAAUUUAUUUUUCUCCAUCGUGGAACGUGAACAGGAGCCCAAGAUCAUUACAAGGUUUCCCCACGUGGGUCCCUACGAAGCCCAGUUAAUGUUCGUGAAGAUGGGAAAGUUUAAGAGCAGUAUAUACCAAGAUCCAAAACCAUUCGACCAUAGACAGUAUGAGCCAAAUGGACCAAAUUUUGUGACCAGCUAUGCCAGAGACCCUCUGAAUCUAAAGCUUAAAUCCCAGGGUUUAAGCAAAGUCCACGGACUCCAUCCUCUUGCGGAAGAAAAGGGGGGACCCAGAUCCAAGGAAAGAUUCACCACCUGCUACAAGCCUCAUGAACUCAAGUGGGAUUCGAAGCUACUUCUGCCAAAGGAGCCUUGGCCUACUAAACCGGUUUCCUUCACAAGGCACAGAAGCCAACGAGCUGCACACAGUGCCUUUCUGGAACGUGUAGAAGAAACGCUAAGCCAGGUGUGGUUGAAAGAGGCAGCCCAGAAGCAGGCCCAGGACAGAAGAAAAGCUGUAUCUAGUCAGAGGCAGAAAGCGCCAAGCACAGCUGUUUCCAUUGAGAGCGAUAUUGAGAUGCAACAACAGGACAGCAGGCAGCGGAAAAAAAGCCUGCAAAAAGGACGGCUCUUUCAGUCACCACCUAUGGCACUGGAGUUGCAACUGUCAAUGCAUAUAAAACCAGAACCUUUGGGCUUCUUGCUGCCAAGUGGCAUUGCCCAGAGUGUCGAGGAACUGAGGUGCAAAUAAUGAGGGGGAAACCACAGAACACUCUGCAAAUACUCGGAUUGUAUUGUGCUCAUUGCUGCUAUUCUAGUGCCGGUAGGGUUCUGUAUUGC